CUUAAUCAGAAAUUAGGGUACAGUUUCUUAACUGGGCUAUGCCAAUAUCGAUUGAAACUAUCGAAUUGAAAAUAUUGAUUAAUAAUGAAUAUUUUUCAAUAUAUUUAUUAUAAAAUUAAACUAUCAUAACCUAACCUAACCAACCAAACUUGUUGAUGGUGAAAAAAUCGCAUGAAGGUUUACUAGAAUCUAUAGUUUCAAUCGAUAUUAGCAUAGCCCAGUUAAUACUGUUAAUACUGUUCAAUGAAAUGGCGACCAUACAUAGUAAGCUGUAAAGAAAAGUUGCUUUGCAAGAUUUCUACCCAGAAUGGAUUAUGAGAAGCGCUUGUCUCACCUAAGAUCCUCUAUUGAUGAUGCAGACCGUGCUGUAGAUGAAUUCGAUGACAAGUUCAAUAAAAUUCAUAAAUAUAUAGGAACAUCACAGUUACCUGAUACUUCAGUUGUCUUCGAUAGUUACCUUCCACUCGAACGUUCAAAGCACAAGGAGUUUAUUGAAUGCAUAUCAACAAUAUAUGAGAUUAGAAACAUAAAUCAAAAUAUGUCUACAUAUGAAUCAACAAUGAGUUCAGCAAGACUUAAAUCAUCAUUGCAACUUGAGGAGGUUGAACAUGAGAGGAACGAACUUAUUCUGCAGAUGCUGGAGAGAGAGGUAGCUAGACUGCAGUCCUUCUACUCAAGGCUUGAGUGCGGGCAUGGCAGAGGUGUAUAAAUAUCAUGUUAAACGUUUACAAAUAAAUAAAUAUUUCAGCAA